AUGCUCAGGGGAACGAGCCGGCUAAUAGUGCGCAAGGGUGCGUGUGUGCCCCAGAAGGCACAAGUAUUAGCCGAAAGUAGGGCCACAUACAGUAUAGUAUCGGCAUAUCAGGCUGGAUUCAACCCGCUGUGUUCGUGUAGCACUAUGACACUCCACACACCAGCAUGCGUACUGACACAAGGGGAAGCUAUGAGUGGGGCGGGUAGGUACACUAAAUACACCAAGUACGCUAAGCGUAUUAGUGUUGGUAGUACACACCGCACGCGACAGUACACGACAUAUUCACCAUCGUCUCCCAUAUACGAAGAAAUGGCCAGUGAUAGCACUCGAGAACGGGCGAGGAAGAUGGUGACAAAUACUUUCAAUUAUGACAUAUCGAAUGUUAUUAAGAAGGUAUAUGGCAAGGCUAUGAACGACAUGCGCGAUGUGAAGGAAAUCACGCGUGCUGUGCAAACGUAA